AUUCCUUCCUUGCGUCAGUUUUUCGCCGGCAACCGCAGGGAUCAGAUGUGUGAUACGUAGUCGGUGGUAAAACUCAACGGUCGUUGAUGUCCGAAUUCUCACCGGAUUCAAAGCAUUAUCUGUGAUAUUUUUGUGAAUUUCGUUAGUUAGCACAUAUAUUUUAAUCGUCGCCAUGGAAGUUUUACCUUGUCCUGUCAGCGUAGAUUUCUCGAAUAACUACAACAGAGGGUUGGUAGCUGAAGACCUAGAAGAUAGUGCAGCUUGUCAAGCCCUAGCUAUCCGGCUGGAAGAACAACUAAGGGCAGCAAAGACAGCCCAGCUCGCUUGUGGCGAAGUGUUGUUGCCUGCAGAUCUUCUGCCGAGAGCAGCGAGUGAUAUUCUUCAGAUGGCAGAGAAUGAACCUUGUGGCCUAAGGGGCUGUACGCUUUACGUGAACUUCGAGUCAGAGCAGGAGUGCCGUAAGAUAGGAACCAUCAAAUGUGACCCGAACACAGUGUCCACCUUCGAGCUGUUCUUGACGCUUCGUCGGGACGCAAGGAGCACAUGGACUUCUCUCAUUCCACAGUUCAUCAAGAACUUCACCAAAGGAGGGACCAUCAUGAUCAGCCCAGGGUUCCAGCUGGAGAAGAAGAAGCUGUACCGGUCGUUUGUCCCGCAGGAGUAGAUCGCCUUCGCAGAGUCGACGAGAGCCAAGACUGAUUCGGGGUGCACCAUUCGCAUUGUGAUCUUAUGACUUUUAACAAAUUCGUGGUUUGCGUUCAUCGUGUUGUGAGCUUACGGUGUUGUAAUCUACGCGACUAACUCGUCAUUUGCAAUUUUCUUUUAGUCAUUAUUAAUUAAUUAGAUAUAUAUUAUUAUAGUCUAUUGAAUUUUACACGAGUAUUUAAAAAAUCGUAUAUGAAAUAUCCAAAUGAAAAGUUUAUUUUAUCGACCACAAAUAUUUAGUUGUAGAUACAUAGAUAUAUUUAUGUAAAUAAAUAUACAAAUUAUUUAGUUAUUGUUACUUUAUAAAAGUUCUUUCUCGAUUGUCAAAUGAUGUUUGCGUACGAUUCUUGAUAGUACAAGUCGCGAGUCGGCGAACCAUAUCACCGCAAGCUUUGUUUUACGUAGUUUAGUUAACCUAAUAAUAUCGAUAUGUGAUCAUAUAAAUUUAGUGAUGAACGAUAUAUUUUGCAUUGAUACAAAUUAGUAUUUUAUUAUUGUAUUUAAAGUUAUUGUGUUGAUUUUUAAAUGACUUCUAAAUGUUAGACGAAGUCCUGUGAUCCCAUGUGUUAAGAGGAGUUAAGCAGCUUUAAGAGUUUUUGUCUUUCAUGUUGAUUGUGAGUCCGGAGUCUUACUCGAGUUUUUUACUACAAACCCUGCAAUAAAUGAUUUUCACCGAUGUUUUGUUUUAAAAUUCGUUUCGCAAACAAUGUUUUAGUGAUUAUUGUACCUUACUGUAAUGUAACCUGUCUCUGGAUGUAAUUUUACUGUGUAGAUUUCUUUCAAAAAUUUGUUGUAUGUACCGUACCAUACCGUAUCGUAAGACUCGAGUAGUAUGAAUUGAUGGUUUAGUUGUGAGCAUGAACCGAAUGUAAGCAUUACUUAAUGUAAAGAAUCUGAUCUCAACAGUUCCGGAGCAGUUAGUCCCUGUCCGGAGUCAGUAUUCAUCAUCAUCAUCAUGUCUUCUCCCGCCCUCACUCGACAUUGUAUGUAUGUGUACACUGAGUAUAUGCGUGUUGAACAUUUUUGUACUUUUUGUUAUGGAGAUCUACUUUAAAAAGAGAUAUUUAAAACCAAUAAAAAGAAUUAAAAUUCUUUAAA